ACUGGUCAAAAUGUUAUGAUGCUGCUAACGACAUCAACAGCUGUGACUGAGAGCCAUGCUGAAAGUGAAAGCUAGUAGAAGACUCAGACGAAUGCGCUCAGGUGAAGACAGAGAAAGGAAAAAGCGCAGUGAACGAGUGUCUUCCGUGACGACCGCCCUGAACGGUAGCGCGCUUACAGCCGAGAAUUGGGGUCCAAGUAGUAGCCAGAGUCCUCUGUGUGGGGUCGGUCUGCAGUGUUCACACCGGGGGAAUUUGGUGUUGUGUGGUGCGAGCACAGAAUCAGAACAAUGAAUGCUGUGAAUGUUGUGGAGCUGUUCCUUGUGGUUUUGAGCUUCUCUGCUGUCUGUCAAGGUUCUGAUGAUGAUAUCAGUGUAAGCUGUGAUGAUGUGACUGGAUCUGUGGGGAAAGAAGUGAAUCUCAGUUGCAGCGUCUCUCUGAAGAUCACUGACUGCUGCAUUACAAAGUAUAAGUUUCUAUACCCUGAGAUCUAUAAUGACUCUUCAGUCUGUCAAGAUGUUUCUGUGAACUCCUGUGAACAGAGAGACAGUUUCACAUGCCGCUACACUCCAACUACAGCGAUGAAAGAACAAUUCAGAUUCUUUGCUUCAACAACGUGUGGAACGAAAAGAACAGAAUUCACUCUUGACACAGGAAUCAGUGUAAGCUGUGAUGAUGUGACUGUAUCUGUGGGGAAAGAAGUGAAUCUCACCUGCAGCGUCUCUCUGAAGAACACUAACUGCUGCGUUACAAAGUAUAAGUUUCAAUACCCUGAGAUCUUUAAUGACUCUUCAAUCUGUCGUCAAAAUGUUUCUGUGAACCCCUGUGAACAGAGAAACAGUUUCACAUGCCGCUACACUCCAACUACAGAGAUGAAAGAACAAUUCAGAUUCUUUGUGCAAACACAGUGUGGAACAGGAAAAGCAGAAAUCUUCACUCUUAACACAGGACGUGUGGACGCAGUAAACCCAGCACCAAGAUUCAAGGGAACUGUCAUCACUGUGGUUGUGUUUGGUUUCAUCAUCAUCAUCAUCUUCAUCAUCAUGAUGCCGUUCAUUCGCCAAACAAAACCAAACUUCACCAAUCUUUGUAGACGCCAGAACUGGAUGUUUCUGAGAGUCAGACAUGAUGAGGACAACAAUCGUCCAGAAGAUGUGAUAUUAUAGCACUGAGUGUUGUUUGACUUUUCAUGUGAUGCUCACGAAACACACAAGCUUCACUCCACUAAACUCUACACAAUUUUAUAUCUCAAACUACUGGAUAUAUAACUCUGGAUGUAGGCUUUAAAACUCUUGUUUCUGUUUUAUAUUGAUUUCUGUGAAAUAACAGCAUAUUAUUGAUCAGUUUGAUCAGUGAAUAUGACUUUAAUAAACUCAAACCUUUGUGAACUUGAAGAAGAAACACAGCAAAACUCAAACUGUGUUUUCUGACUUUCAAGGCAUGUCUUUCAUGAAUGUAAUUUUUAUAUAUUGUAUAUUAGUGUGAACGGUGUGGUUUUGUACAGUAUCUUAUAUAUUUUUUUUGAAAGGACAUUGAAAUGAAUAAAGACUUGUGAUACUCUCUAAA